AUGAUUCCCUUCAUUGUCCACGGUAUCGUGACUGUCUGGACUGCUAUCGCAGUUUACCAGAUGGACAUCAUCCACCAGAACCAUUUUGCCAUCAUGGCAGAUGCCUUCUUUCACCCUGCUUUACCUAUCAUCCCCUUGCUGAUCGUCUACUCUAUCUCUGCUCCUUCUGUCUACAAGGUUCCCGAGCUCCCCUCGGCGAGCUUUACUUCUGCUUCUUCUGUGUCUUUAGGAUGGCCCGCAUUCCCCACACCCGAUGGUGGCGCUCUCCAGCCCUUCCUCACAUACACUGAGGAUGGGGAGUUGCUGAACACUGUCGCGUCUGGACCUGGUGCUGCCAAGAUCAUGGCCGAGCAGCUCAUUCACUUGACCGGCGCUGUCGUCGUAUCUUUUCUGGCUCUCUUGGGCGGGAUGAAAAGGGUUCUGAAUGAACACAUAGGUCAAGCUAUAAAUGAGCUCAAAGCAUCAUUUGCAGAAGGUUGCCGUCGGUACAAAGUCGCCCUAGAAUUCUACGAAACUCUCAAAGGCGAACUUGUCCGCACAAUGUCAUUCCGCUAUCUUCGCUUUUUCAAAGACCUCCAACCGCCAGCUCCUCCUACACCUGAAUUCGGUGUUCAUGUGCCCCGUCACGCUCCAAUUCGACGCGCUCUGCUCUGCCAUCCACCUGGUCACGUAUCACUCGAGUCUGCGGUCGUCGUCAAGAUCUCUUGGCCUCAGAAUUUUUUGGGUCGGUGGUCAUUGCAAACUUCUCUUGGUGCCCCAGUGUCGCCACCUCGUCUUAUUCUUGGGCCAUCUCUUCCCUCAGCUCCUGCCGCCCAAUCAACCGAAAAGGAUCGUUCAAUCACGAAGGACUCUACCAGCAGCAGCAGCGUGUUGGAGGCCAAUCGUGAAUCGUCUAGUCCAGUAAACGACUUACUUGAGCUCUCUUGCCAAGCGGACGACCCGUCGAAUCCAUCACGCAGUCCUGGAGAUACGGAACUCAUCCAUGAGGCAAAAGUGAACUUGGAAUGUCGGAUGGAAAGGCAGGCCUCUGUGGGGCGUGAAGUAAAGGAGCGAGCGCACUCAACGAUCGACAACACCGACACUCGUCAAAAGACAUACACUGGCCCUCCCGCCGAUUCUUCUCCAUCGAGCGAUACUUCCACUUCGACAACUAUUGACAGCAACAUCGGCAACACUGAGCUACCUUCCACUGGGAACCCACCCCCACGCCCGAUAGGGGAAGGUACGCCAGAAGAAGCCGAUUCGUCUACUGGGCCCCAACCCUCACACCCGAUAGGAGACGACUCUACUUCUUCUCAGGCGUCAUCUGAUGCUGUUUCUACGAAAAUCGACACUCGUGCUCAUACGGCUGGCACAGGCGACGUUGCUGAAAACACAGGCGAUGAAAGAGCAACCUCUGGGCCAGACCCCCGACACCCGAUAGAGGUUGCCCCUCCUUUCGCCUCAGCCCCUUCUUCUUCUUCUUCGUCCAUCUCAAGUCCAUCACCUGAUGAUGAGCCGACACGCCCUGGAUCAAAUUCCGACAGCGACGAUGGCGACGAUGGUGACGCCACUGAAGAGUCUUCUGGACCUCAAGCGACGGAUACUGCUAGAGCAGCAGAAUCAUCGCGUGCGCCUCCUGUGCUCGUUGCUCCUAUAUCAUAUCCUGAAAAUAGCGGCGUACAAAGAAUGCCUGGAUAUUGGCCGAUCCGUCAUAACACUACGAGGUUCAGUGAUAGUCUUCCUCGCCGAAUCCGGAGCUCUUAUCAGCGACAUUCUCAUCCGCGAUCAAUACAUGAUACUUAUCGCGCAGCCGCCCGCCGCCCCAGCUCUCGUAGAUUUACUACUCCACGGAACAUCAACUCGAGCUCUGGCGACGUCCGCUCAUCUUUACUGGACCGCUAUACCAGCAUUCCUCGGAUUCUCCGUCAUGAGCAUCGUCGUGUAUCGAGACUCGGGCCUCAUGAUAUGGAAGAAGUACAGCCAGCGCCUGUGGAAGAAGCGAUCGAUGAAAUGGGAGAACGACUACCUCAACAGAUCCAUCCACCGUCGUAUGAGAGGUUCGACUCCAACCCGGCGCCUCCAUACUUUGGUUAUUCAGAAGGACAUCUAGACCCGGAUCCACCUCCUCUGUAUCAUCAUCAUGUACCGAGGAAUGACAUGUUGGCACAACAUGGCAGAGAAGAUCCGCUUGAUAGGGCGGGCUUGGGUGAGAUUGAGCACCACGCAUCUGCUAUGGCACUGGACAAUCGAGUACUUGGAUGGCUACAGCAGCAAAACAUCCAGAGGGCGACUGGUAGGAUGGACAACGACGUGGCUGGCUGGCCGGCUCACAAUCCCUACGACCACCUUCCAGCGCCAUUUUUUCAAGGGGAACCCGUGGCGCUCCCUUCACAGCUGCAGGAUCCUGCCGUGACCGUAUAUCAGAACAUGAACGCAGGACAUGUUGUGCCGGAAAGUUACGCGAGACAGAUCGUCCGUGAGGAGAUACCACCUCAAGAUGCUGUCCCGCCGCUCCAGGACGUCCUCAACCAGGAGAAACAAGGACAUAUAGACCUCCUCAAAUGA